CCUUCUCGGAGAUCUCGAGGAUGAGUCUCAAUCAGGUCCUGCCCUCGUUGCAGAAGGAGGUGGCCCCGUUUCUCAGCAGAAUCGCGGACGAGGCUGUCAGGGUCACAACGAGUAACAACGUCGCAAAAGAUUAUGCAGUGCAGGUCUGCGGCCCUGUAGCUGGCAGCAUACAAUACAUAUUCAACUUUAGUCUGCACUACCAUGCUGGCGAGAUCGACACCUGUUGGCGCCUUAGUGGCGGGGCCGGUGCUUUUGAAGAUUCGACAUCUGAACGGCCCCCUCUUCCUAGGACCGCGCAAAAAUUCAUUGAACCCCCCCCAGGAGACCCCAAAUUGGAUUCAGCAGGACAUCCAACGUCUAGCAGGGCAAGCACCAAAUACUCACCAGCUUCAUUUACAUCGCCCCGGCAGGGGCGUUAUGCCUGUGCUCGCGACAUUCGAUCCCAAUACGGAAGGGAAUUGGAUAGCCUCCAGGAUUGUGAAGCGCCUAGAUUUUGAACACCAGCAAGCCAAAAUUCACAAGGACGUGCCUACCUUUAUGGGUCAGAAUUUUGAGAGGACGAGAAUAUUUGUGGACUUGACGUGUGGCAAUCAGAAUAGGAGGCAUCGAUGCCAGCACCGGUUUUAUGUGGUCAACCAUUGCAAAGUUUUUGAUAUUUUGCUGGGCACGAAGCUAUGCCCAUAACAAGGCUCGAAUUAGCCAGCCUGAGAUGCUAUAUGAGGCUGGGAUUUCAUAGCCCUGUUACUUUUUA